AUGGAAAAAAAGAUAGUGCGCAAAGGGCCGCUGCCUGGAGGUCGCCAGGGCGCGUCGGGAGCUGGCGCUGGACGCGACAGCAUGCGGGCCGCCAGCCGAGCGCGGGGUGUUGCAAGACCUCCUAGCAGCCCCCCGCAUCCAUCAUCCCCACCAGAAGGCUUGGUGUCGGCUGGGUCUUCUCGGACUCAGCAAGCGGCACCCGCCGCUGGUGGAGCACGUCGCAUGCGUUGGUCUAAAUCGAUGAAUGAAAACGCACUGCGGGCGUAUUUUAGGGCAAAAGGGGAAGAAACUGGAUGUUUGGCGUAUCGGGCUCGGAUGCAUCGCUUUUUUGCAGAGCUGGAGCCAUCUCUAUCUGUCACUGAGCAAAACCUGGCAGACCGAGUUAGGUACACCGAGUACCGAGUUAGGUCCUGCGCUCCAACAUAUUUGGUGACGCCGAACUCGAGCGACUACGACGUGAGGCUAUUCCUUCAUCGAAUGGAAAUGCUACGGCUGGGAAUGCGGCGCCACUAG